AUUGCAGUGCUGCUCACAGUAGCCAAACCUGGGAAGGGACUUGAGGGUCCAGCAGUAGGGACUGGGCAAAUCAGCUUUGCUGUGUGCAGUACAGAGGCUGCUAUCUGGGCAUUAAACAGGAAUUAUGGAUAUUAUAGGGCAACCUGGAAUGUUUAAGGAGAAGAAAGGUGCCUAAGUGGCAUGCAUGCUGACUGCCUCCCAGUUAGUAACAGCCCUAAGAACCUUGUAUACAUGGGACUUAAGGGGGAUGAAGAAAAGCUUCCUGGCAGCGGUGUCAGGGAGGAGGUAUGGGUGGAUGUUGAGUCUCCUUUCUGCAGGCUUGCCAUAAGCUUUACAGGUUGUUUUUUAAAUGUAGGUAAAAGUAAAGGGACAGAGCUGGGAGUCAGGGCACCCAGUCAGGCUUAUAAGUGACUUCGGGCAAGUCAGUGUCAUCUGGGCUUUGGUUCUCUCCUCUGUAAGAAGACUGGUUAGACUCGCUGCCCCGAGCCCCGGUGCAGCAUGAAGGUUCCACAUACUGGAGGACAAAGGAGCUGCCCAUCAAACUGGUGUUAUGGGGAGAGGAGAGAUGAGGCUGGGCAGGCUCAUGGCUCUCCUCACUCACUAGGACUCAGCCUUAUCUGGCCUAGUAGGCAAAUCACUUCCCCAUCCUGCUUGGAGUUGCCGUGGCCACUAGAACCGUAAGUGGGCUCCCGAGGACUAUGUAUUUGAAAAGCUCGUGUGUGCACUGGAGCGUUCCACGUGCACGUGUGAUAGUCCCAGAUUUGUAAUAACUACAAAAUAAGACCUUUUAUAACUUUUACAAGUUAUAAAAGUACUAUGUCAUAGUUAUAACAAGUCGAUUCACAUCCAGGUGUGUGAGGAAGUGUGAGAAUCUCCCUUUCCAGCCCCACCCCUGACAGUCUGAGGCGCACCGUUCCCCUCCUUUCUCUACUCAUGCAAACAUGUAUAGAUCCUUUUUUUUUUCUCUCUAACCAAAAUGAGAUUUUACUUUAUACAUUAUUUUGCAGCUUUCUUGUUUUACUUUAGAAUAUAUCAUGGAUAUCUCGCUAUGUCAGUACCUAUGAGGUGUCAUUUCUGUUAACGGCGACCUCACCUUCUGUAGUAAAGAUGUACUGUGGUGUAUUCAGGUAGUCCUGUUUGGUUGGAGAGUCAGCCUAUUUCUGGUAUUUUGCCAUCACAAAGAGUGUUGCAGCCAACAUGUAUAUCUUGCUACAGAUAAAGAUAUGUAGAGAUACAUGCACGCAGCAGGUAAGAAAGAGAUUGCGAUUCCUGUAUCCUGAGAGUUUUAUUUCUGCAGGUUGGUUUUGUCUGACACAGCAUUUGUUAAUUAAAAGAGAAAAACAUUUAAAUUUUUGAUGGAAAUUUAUGGUCAUUACCUGUGUUUUCAGUCAGCAGAUACCAGCUGUAAAGUGUGGCGGGGCAGGGGUUGUGAACUGCUUUGACCUCCAGUAGGGGUUUUCACACUGACCCCGACAAGGCUGGGACUCACUGGGGUAGACCAGUAGGAGGAGCAAGGGCAUUCCAAACAGGAACGGCCCAGGCCUGCCUGCCUCUCAGGGAAGGUAGGAAAGGAAGAACUGAAGCUGCUUUGUGGAACUCACUCAUCUUCUCCAUUGUUUCAUAAUGUAUAGUUUCAACCUAAUUUGUAAGUGGUCUAUCUGCUCAGUGGACAGAGUGUUUUUCCACACCUGGGUGGCCAGGAGAUCUUGUCAUCAUCCUGGGACCUGGAGUGUCAGAUCCCUAAGGGCCCAUGUAGAGCACCUGGGCCACAUUUCAUGUUACAGAUGGGGAAACUGAGGCCUGAAGAGGGGCAGAACUUGCCCAGCAUCACCCAGAAAGUUGGUGGCACAACUGAGUCCAAAAGGAGCCUCCAACUCUCAGCUGGUGUUCCCUCUCGAGUGGUUUCCGCUCAACAAGCCCAGCGUGGGAGACUACUUCCACAUGGCCUACAACAUCAUCACCCCCUUUCUCCUGCUCAAGGUGGGGCUCAUACACUCUCGGGCCUCCCUCUGACCCAGCUCAUCGAGCGGUCCCCACGCACCCUGCCGCGCUCCCUGAUCUACGUCAGCAUCAUCACCUUCAUCAUGGGCGCCAGCAUCCACCUGGUGGGCGACUCCGUGAACCACCGCCUGAUCUUCAGCGGCUACCAGAACCACCUGUCAGUCCGCGAGAACCCCAUCAUCAAGAAUCUCAAGCCUGAGACACUGAUCGACUCCUUUGAGCUGCUCUACUACUACGACGAGUACCUGGGCCACUCCAUGUGGUACAUCCCCUUCUUCCUCAUCCUCUUCAUGUACUUCAGCGGCUGCUUCACUCCCACCAAAGCGGAGAGCUCGAUGCCAGGGGCAGCCGCGCUGCUGGUGGUGCCCAGUGGCCUGUACUACUGGUACCUGGUCACCGAGGGCCAGAUCUUCAUCCUCUUCAUCUUCACCUUCUUCGCCAUGCUGGCCCUCGUCCUGCACCAGAAGCACAAGCGCCUCUUCCUGGACAGCAACGGCCUCUUCCUCUUCUAUUCCUUUGCCUUCACCCUCCUGCUCGUGGCGCUCUGGGUCGCCUGGCUGUGGAAUGACCCCGUGCUCAGGAAGAAGUACCCGGGCGUCAUCUAUGUCCCUGAGCCCUGGGCCUUCUACACCCUCCACGUCAGCAGCCGACACUGAGUCCGGGCACUGGCGCUCUGCCGGGUGGGAGAUGGACCAUCGAGGGCGUCUGAGCGUGGGGGUGUGUGUGUGUGUGUGUGUGUGUGCACGCCCGCGUGCAUGCAGACUCACACAUGUGGAGUGCAUCACUGUGAGAUUGAGUUGUUUUGGUCAAGUUUCCAUUCGGUUUGGCUCUUUUCAGGACGGGGUGUAGUUUGAGGCAGUGUGUCCAGGCCAAGAGCUGGGCCCUGCCUUCCUGUGCACCUGAUGGAGUCGAGCCCUCUCACUCCCACGGCUCAGGGCUGUCUCUUCCUCCUGGGGUGUCUUCUGGUAGCCGUGCGGGAGAGGCCUGGGGGGGGCAGAGGUCGGGAGGGGACUUGGCCCUAUCACCCACCCCCUGGCUCACUCCUUGUAUCUGCCCUGACCCUGGAGGCCGGAUCACGGGUCACGUGACCUUGCUGUGUCUUAAUGAGCAAAGCACAUCCCUCCCCUGGGCCGCAUCUGCACUAGAUGGGCCCACGGUCUCAAAGUCGGUCGGUAGGCCGCUUGCAGUCUCCUCUCGGGGCGGCCUUGGGAGCGAUGAGUGGUUCUACCCUGUCCCUGCCCUCUCCGACCCUGGGAGGGGUACGUGCACCCCAGACCCUCACCCAGCCUCAGGCUGCACGGGGUGUUGAGCCACCCGACUACGGGGAGCCAGAGGCCAGCCCUCCCCGCUAACCACUGGCCUGCCCUCGGGGUCUGGGAGCUCCCCAGCCGUGUCCCUCUGCUGGAAGCUCCGUCUCCCUCCCCUCUCCAGGGUCGUGGUGUCCGCCUGACCACAGGUUUCUGAGCAGCUGCUGAAGGCGGAGUCCUCACUUGCACUACUUCCUGAGCCGCUCACUAGGGGCGGGGAUGCGGUGAGGCGCCUCAGUCAGCCGUGUCCCAGCCUGAACCCACGCCGGCCGCCAGCAGCCCUGCGCCCGGGAAGGGGGGCCUGGAUCCCCACGGGCACUGGGGCCAGGUCUCCUCCCGCAGCUGCAGGCUCCCCAGCCUCAUUGCCCCGCCAGCGCUGGCCCACGUGUGCGCGGGGGUCUCGGGAGGCCGGCCUCGCCCUCCCCGGCCCUGCCUCCUCUCCUGUGCUCUCAGGGAGCCCUGUGCCUCACAUCCUCCUGUUAUGUAGGGUCCCCCAGCCCCUGGGCAGUCCCCGUCCGGCAGCAUCAGGGGUGAGUGUGAACUAAGGCGGUGUGGAGCCAAGCCCGGCUGGCUGCUGCUGCUCCCUUUGGGUGUGAAUUUGAGAGGCAGGAGGAGGGAGUGUCUGGUCUGGGGCCCGGCGGGAGCCCUGGGCCCACCCCAGGGGCCCACCCGUCUGGCUGAGGGCAGGUGCUGCUGCUGCCCGCUGGCCCUCCAUGCCACUUAGUAGGGUCCUGAGGUUGGGGGGUCACCGGCAAGAAGGGCCUCCUCUAGGUCCCAGCUCUCUCCAGAGGCGUCUGGGGAUCGUGCGGGUGGGGCCAGCGUAGGGCAUCUCCAGACCUAGCCCUCAGAGACGUCCCAGCCAGCCUCCCAGCUGUGCCGCCAGCCUGUUCCAGAGGCUGGAGUAGAGACGGUGCCCUCUGGGGGGAAGUGGGGAGCGCCUGGUUUGUGGGAGGUUGGCACUUAGUCUCCGGCAAGUCACUUGACCCCUCGGGGGGGCCUCAGCUCUUGAUAUUUGAGGGUCUCAGUCUCACCGCGCAGCCACCAGAUGCUUCAUGGGCUGCUCUUACCAGAAAACACAGAGCAGGGCCACGCUGGACAGGAGACGUAGGCCGUGUUGUGAUGAGAGGAACACCUUUCGAGGAAAGCACCUUUGUUUUUCAGAGUUGCUGCCGAGGUAUUGUACAGCAUGAUAACCCUCCUGACACCCAGAGUGUGGACAUAAAGCCUGGAGUCUAGGGGUCCCACUGCUUUCCCAGGCAGCUUUUAAAAUAACCACUCAGCGUUUCAACCCGUAAAAGGCUAGUGCCCUCCACCCCCACCACCCUAUGAUGGGAACUUGGUACCCUGCUCUCUGUCCUCUCCCUCAGGACCCGGGAUUGGGGACAGCCCUUCCCCGGGCUCAUUGUACCCCUGGCAUCUGGGAUCUGCAAUAAUAAAUCUUGUGACUCCA